CGGGAGGUAAAACGCUGCUCACUGUGGAAGGCGCCGUUCAGAGUGUACUUUUCUUUCACGGACGGUAGUUGUGUGUAGACAGCAAGUAGCGCCAGCGAGUUGAAGUAGUGCUUUUGGCCAUAGUUUGACAGCCGAUUUUUAGCGACCGACCCCGUACACGUAGUUCUGUGUGUGUGCGCGUGCGUUUUUGCAAGUGCCGUGUGGUGUGUACCUUUUGUUGUGUGUCAGCAGUGACGACACACGGCAUUGUUUUGGAGCAGAGGGAAGUCACACCUUUUCUGAAACGGAGCUAAACCUAGCCUGUGUGUGUAUUGUUUGUGUGCGGAAAAGGCCGAGUGACGUCCAGUGUGCGUGUGUGAAAGAAAACUCCACCAGCGAGAGAAGCAGAAGAGAGAACCGGCAAAGCAAACUUCUUCCCAAUUGAAUAGCCGCAGAAACGUGUUAAAAUGGCUUCCGGAGUAACUGUAUCGGACGUGUGCAAGACCACCUACGAGGAAAUUAAGAAAGAUAAGAAGCACCGCUACGUGAUCUUCUACAUUCGCGACGAGAAACAGAUCGAUGUUGAGGUGAUCGGCGACCGUAACGCGGAAUACGACAGCUUCCUGGAGGACAUACAGAAAGGCGGCCCCGGUGAAUGCCGAUAUGGACUGUUUGACUUUGAAUACAUGCACCAGUGUCAGGGAACGUCAGAGAGCUCGAAGAAGCAGAAGCUGUUCCUGAUGUCCUGGUGCCCAGACACUGCCAAGGUCAAGAAGAAGAUGUUGUACUCGAGCUCGUUCGACGCACUGAAGAAGUCGCUCGUCGGCGUCCAGAAAUACAUUCAGGCUACUGACCUUUCCGAGGCCUCGCGGGAAGCGGUCGAGGAGAAGCUGCGCGCCACUGAUCGUCAGUAAGAGUAGAGAGAGUGAGGAAGAUAGGGAGUGUGAGAGGGAGAGGGAACAACAAUAACAACACUACACAAACACAGUAGACAGGUUACUACUUAAGGAAGAGACGCGCACACCACACCACAGCGAAAAAGGAGGAGACGAAAAGCAGAUGAAGGGCAUAUUAUAUACACUUACACAAACGACAACAACAACACCAGCACCACCACCACCAUCAUACAUCAAAAUCUUGCAUAAGGAAGAAGGAGAUAAAGGAAAGGAAAAAGAAGAAGAAGAAGAAGACGAAGCAGCAGUAUGUACUAAGACAGUUUGUGAAAGUAGGAAAAGGUGAAAUGAUUAUGCAACGACAAGCAGCGCGCGUGGUUAAGAAUAAAAAGAGAAAUUACUGAAAUCAACAGAACAAACCCUCAGCACUCUUCAUUUAUAUAUUCAACGUAUAACCAUUAACCGAAUAAACAACAAACCCACUUACACACACACCCUUUGUUGUACUCUAUCGAACGAAGUGUGUGUGUGUCUGUGAAGACUUCCACUCUAUUACUAUCUGGGGAAAGUAUAUCCUGCUGGAGAACAAGUGUGGAACAGUACACUAAUAAUCACAUCAUGAGAGUUUACUGAAAGAAGCCACAGGAAGGGCGAGUGGUGUAAUGGGUACUGUAUGCUUAGUAAAGAAAGAAAGAUGAAAGUUUAUGCUUUUUGGCGAAAGUGUAAUCAUGGACAUCAAGAAGUAUGAAUGUAACGAUCAUGCUAGAAUAAAAACAAACAUCAUUUUGCAAGAUCAUUAUCGAUCGAUCGCGAUACAUUCGCUACGAAGAAGAGAAACUCGCGCGCAAUCAGUAGUAGUCAAAUCACACUAACACCACAAGCAGUCUAUGGCCCAUAAUGCACAGAAAAGGUGGUAGCGAAAAAAAGAGAGGAGGAGAUGGAAGAAAAGUGGGGGGAUGAUGAAGUGAAAAGGAAGGUGGAGCGCAAAAGCGCGGACGAAUAAUGUAUGCGUCACAGAAAUAAAGUAAGCGAAGACGACAAAAUGAUGGAAAACAGAUGCAA